UGUAAAGUGCAAUAAAGUUACCGUUGGUUGUAAGUGGACGGUUAUAACCUGAGUAUUGUUUUCGAUUUGGUGAUUUGUUUCGAAUUUUUAAACUUUUUGCAUGCUCAGUUAAAAAUGGCUAGUCCAAGAACUAAAAGAGUUCUUCAAGAUUUGAUGACAAAAAAUGACAAUAUGAAAUGUUUUGAAUGUGGAACCCAUAACCCCCAAUGGGCUUCUGUCACCUAUGGAAUUUGGAUUUGCUUAGAGUGCUCAGGAAAACAUAGAGGUCUUGGAGUGCAUAUUUCAUUUGUCAGAUCUAUAACAAUGGAUAAAUGGAAAGACAUAGAGCUUGAAAAAAUGAAGGUGGGUGGUAACAGGAAAGCUAGAGAGUUUUUUGAUUCACAAGAUGAUUGGGAUGAAACUCUUCCCUUAAACCGCAGAUACAAUAGUAGAGCUGCUGCAUUAUAUCGUGAUAAAAUUUCAGCUUUAGCUCAGGGAAAGGAAUGGUCAAUUGCAAGUGCUAAUAUUCAAAACUUUAAUAAUUCAUACAAAUCUCAAAAUGAUAAUUAUACAUUUUCUGAAAACCAGUCUUCAUACCAAAUGGGAGGAGAUCAGCAAUCCUACUCUCAUUCUGGAAGCUAUCAGAACUUUAAUUCACCAGAGUUCAAAGAUGAAAAAGAAGCAUUUUUUGCAAGAAAGCAGGUGGAGAAUUCUUCAAGACCAAAUGAUCUUCCUCCUAGCCAAGGAGGAAAAUACUCUGGUUUUGGUUAUACUAUGGAUCCACCACCUCGUAGUACAUCACAAGAACUUUUUGACUCAGCAGUCACUUCUCUUAGUACUUUUGGACAAUCGGGAUGGUCUCUAUUUUCUAAAUCAGCUGUAAAAAUAGCAAGUAAAACAACAGAAAGUGCUAUGAAGAUUGGGAGCAUCGCAACACAAAAGGUAGCAGAAAUAGGUGGUACAGUAUCGGAUAAGGUUAGAGAAGGAAAAUUAUUAGAAGAAGUAAGCUCUCAAGUAACAGAUUUAGCAUCAAAGAUGAGUGAUCUAGGAAGAAGUGGAUGGCAGAACAUUGCAGGAAGCAAUAUCCCGUCACCUCAGCAGAGCCCGCAGUCACCAAGCGGUACCACUACUGAAAAAUCAUCACUUCUUUAUGAGCCAUCUGCAACGUCCAUGUCACCAACUUCACAUGAACCUCUAAAAACCUGGGACUCAUGGAAAGAUAAUUCUAAUUUUAACAAAACCAAAACUAAUUCCAAGAAUGACUGGGAAAACAAGUGGGAAGAUGAAGCUUGGGAAUCUCUUAAUAAAACUUAAUUUAUGAUAUGAAUGAAACAUACCAAAAAUUACUGCAAUACACUCAUGAUUACUGAAUCAACAUGGAAUCAGUAAUAAAAUAUUUUAAGUUUUAAGUGGGAACACUCCUGUUUCUUACUAUUGCCCAUUAUUUGUUGUCAAAUGUAAAUGUCAUAAUGAUUUGCCAGCAAGUGAUAAGUAACCAGUUUUUAAUUAAAGUCCCUAGUUAACACCUUAAUGUUUGUAUCCUUUUACCGAUUAUUUAUUAUGAUUUUAAUUAUCAUUCCAUUGUUGUUCAUUAAAAGUUUAUAGAAUUUUAGACAUCCCUCAAUUUUGAGUGCUGUAAUAAUUAUUGUAUAAUAAUAAAUUUCUUUGUGAUAUAUUUAUAUUUAUACUAUAUUACUUUAAAGUAAUUAAAUAUUUUGUUAUGUACCAUUAUUUAUUUUCAUAGAAUUGAAAUUCUGUCUAAUGUCAAUGGAUAUUUGACCAAGAUCACGUAUAUCCUUUUUUCCCAUUUACUGUGUGUGAAAUAUGCUAUUUAUUAAAUGUGAUCUAGUUAUUAUGUUACUGUAGUAUUCUACAAGGAAUAAGUUUUUAAUAAAUUCUUUUAUUUCACAAAGUUAAUUGUUUGAAACAUCAUUUAUUUUUAUAAAUAUACAUAUUUAAUAAUGGUUUUCUUGCCAAAACUUAUGUACUUUAUUUGUUUACAGUGACCAAGAUUGAAUAUCACAUUUUAUCUUUCUGGACAUAUUAAAAAUUUUGUUGUAUUAAUAAUGUAACAUUUUUCUGUGUGUGGGAAGAAUUGUAACAAUUUCUAUGAAAUUGUUGUUCUAUGGAAUCAUGAUUGUAAGAAUUAAACCUAAUGUUUCUUGAACUAAUAAUGUAAUGUAAAGUUCUAUAUAUGAAUGCGCUGAGGUCAUGGCAGAUCUUGAACAUAAAUGUAUUGAUGGUGAGACAUUUCUGAAUUAUUUUUGUAAUUUCAAUAAUAAUUUUCGAUUUUUCUGAGUAUAUUGCUAUUUUCAUUUAUAUGUUAUUCAUAUCUUGGAUGCAAUGUAAAUAUAUUUGAUUUUUAUGGUCAGUAAUUAAAUAAAUGUUAUGUUUUAUUAAAAAAUUAAAUCAAAUUUACUAAUACUUUUUUCUUCUAAACAAAAUUCUGGAGUUUAUGUCUGCUCGAUGGACACAAGUAGUUAUUAGUUUCUAUUAAUAACCUUUGUUGACAAAACAUUAUAGUGGAGUUCAGUGUAAUGAAAAAUGUAGUUUAACUGAUUUGUCCUAAUCAAAACAAUUAUUCAUUUACAUUUUUUUUUUACUUAUUUUGUACAAAGAACGUAUAAGACGGAUCAAUUGUAAAUAAUUAUGUAAUUAUAAAACUGUAACUUAAUUCAGAAACAUACUGCUAAAUAUCCAUUGAUUCUUAUAAUUCUGUUAAACUGUAUGUACUUUCUAGAAAUGAAUCAUAUUAUUAUCUGCUUUAAAAACUAAAAUAUAGAUAGAUAGAUAGAUAGAAAAAAAAACUUUAUUCUGGGACUAAGUCCCUUCAGAAUAACAGUAAUGUACAAAAUAAUAGAAUAUUACUGGCCUGAACGCUGAAACAAUAAAUAAAAUUGAUAAAAUAAAAUAAAAAGUAAAGAAAACCUUAGGUGCACAAGCUAUAUACAAACAGAUAAAACUAUGUACAGAGCAUUUAAAAUUAUGAACAAAACAAUUAAAACUAUGAACGAAUCACUUGAACUAUGAACAAAAUUAUAUUUAAGGGUUGAACAACAUAAACAUACACUUUGAGAAAUGAAGAACGAAAAAGAGAUACAAUGAGUUCAUUUCAUAAAAAAAAAAAAUUUUACUUGAAUAUAUAUAUAACAAUAAACAGUUACUUAUAAUUGAAUAAAAAAAAAAAUAAAAAAAAUAUAUGUAUUGAAAUUCCUACGUCGAUAGUAGGAAAUGCAUGUACUAUCUCUUACCAAGUGUUAUGAUUAUAUGAUUGCUACACAAUACAUAUAUAAUAUCAAUAGUUAGCUGGUAUCAGACUGUUUUUGGAACAGGAAUUGGAAUAGGAGGUUUUUGAAUGUAUACAGGGAAGGGGCAUGUCGAAUUUUGAUCGGGAGGGAAUUCCAAAAGUUGACAGAGCGGGCUAUAAAGGAAUUUUGGAAUGAGGCAGAUCUAUGAGAAGGGAUGUAUAGGUCAGAGGGUCGGGAUCUUGUAGUGAGUGAAUGGAUUGAGGACUUAAAUUGGAGAAGGUUGUAGGCAUAAGAAGGACGAUGGUCGGUAAUGAUUUGAUAAAGGAAAGUGCCAAGGAAAUAUUGUCUUCUUAAGGAGGGGAAGAGCCACCCUAACUCAGUGUAGUGGUGAGAGACACGGGAGCGUCUCGGGGUUCCAAUUACAAAUCUUACGAAACAAUUCAUAAGUCUUUUGAGUCUAUCACGCAGUUCCACCGAGAGGCCAUCGUACACCACACAGCUGUAGUCAAAGUGGGGAAAGAUGAGAGAGGAAACUAUGAGUCUACGGGUAUUUUGGGGUAGAAGAUGGCGGAAGUGAUGGAAUAGUUUGAGGGUAGAAAUUGCACGGCGGGAUAUAUGAGAGAUAUGGUGAUUCCAGGAAAGAGUUUGAUCUAUGAGAAAGCCUAAAUUUUUAACAAAGGGAUAGAAGGUGAUGGGGUGGUUGUUUAGAUAGAGUGAGGGAAAGUUGGUGUGGGAUCUAAGAAGGGGCUUGGAACCAAUGAGAAUGGCCUGAGUUUUGGCAGCAUUUAGCCUUAAUCCAUUUAAGUUGGCCCAGGCACUAAUUCGAUCUAAAUCUUCUUGAAUUUUGGCAAAUGCCACCAAUAACUCAGCGGGAGAAAAGGAUAAAUAGAUUUGAGAAUCGUCGGCAUAAAGGUGGUGGGAACAAUGGAUAAUUGAAUCAUUUAGGUCAUUAAUAUAAGAACUGAAAAGAAGAGGAGACAUGCUUGAACCCUGUGCAACUCCUGAGGAUAAAGGAAGGUAGGCAGAUAGAGGUUGAUUAGGUAUGGAAACUGCUUGGGUUCGUUGUGAGAGGAAAGACUGGAACCAAGAGAUGGAACUAUUGGAGAAGGAUAAUGAUUUUAGUUUGUUGAAAAGGAUGGAAUGGAUAAUGGAAUCGAAAGCUUUAGAGAAAUCAAGCAGUAUAAGUAUGGUUAGUUUUUUGUCAUCUAUUGCAGUCUGGAUAUCACUAGUAAUUUUAAUCAGAGCAGAUUGUGUAGAGUAGCCAGGACGGAAGCCAGAUUGGAGAGGAUCAAGUUGGUUGGAUUGUUCAAGGUAGUUGGAAACUUGGGAUUGCACUAACUUUUCUAGGGGUUUAGAAAGAUUGGAAAGGAUUGAUAUUGGGCGGAAAUCUUCGGGAGAGGAUGGAUUAGGCUUUUUGUUUAAAGGAAGGACAAUGGCUUUUUUCCAAGAGGUCGGGAAUAUUGAAUUCUGCAGGGAGAAAUUGUAGAUGAAAAGGAGUGCUGGGAGGAUUUCAGGGAGACAUAAUUUUAUUAGUUUGAUAGGAAUGCCAUCUGGGCCUACGGAAUUGGAACGGGA